CUGCUAGUUGACAGUCGCUCGUUUCUAGAAUACAAUACCAGUCACAUCCAACAGGCGAUUAAUGUGUGUGGCUCUAAACUGGUCAAACGAAGACUACAACAAGGCAAGGUGCGUGUAAAAGACCUGCUAACCCAGACUUGUCAGAUUGAUAUAGAUGAUUCGUGGGAUAUUAUAGUCUACGACCAGUGUACGGAAGAUCCGUCAUAUUUUACCGAUGAUAACUUUGUUUAUAUUUUACUCUAUAAAUUAACACAAGUCUUUACCUGUGUCACAUUCCUUAAAGGUGGCCUGUUAGGUCUACAAGCAAUGUACCCAUCAUUGAUAGAAAAUAAAGAUACAACUGGCUAUAAGUGUACACCAUUGACCUCACUCUCACAACCUUGUAUGCCAGUUAGUAAUGUCGGACCAACACGAAUUCUACCUUUUUUAUACCUCGGAUCACAGAGAGAUGCUUUAUCAAAAGAGAUAGCACAGAUAAAUGGUAUAACUUAUGUAUUAAAUGUAAGUUUAACAUGCCCGAAACCUGCCUAUAUACAAGAUGCCCAUUUUAAACGAAUACCAAUUAAUGAUAAUUAUAGUGAAAGGAUGGUACCAUUCUUUAAAGAAGCAUUCCAAUUCUUAGAUAUGGUGCGUGAAUCUAAUGGUUGUGUUUUAGUACAUUGUCUAGCUGGAAUAUCACGAUCACCAACUCUAGCUAUAGCUUAUGUCAUGAGACAUCUUAAAAUGAUGUCAGAAGAUGCUUACAGAUAUGUAAAGGACAAAAGACCAACCAUUUCACCAAAUUUUAAUUUUCUGGGACAACUACUUGAUUAUGAGAAAAAGUUA